AUGAUGAGGGUUUCGGCGGCCCCAGCCGCUUCAGCAUGCAGCCGUGAUUUCGCUCCGCGCGUGCCACAGCGAUCCGCGCCGCACUCCUCCGCCCGCGCCCUUGCUCUCGCGUCGCCUACCCAUUUGCGCUGCGCCACCGCCUGUGCUCCCCGCGCACUCUCCGCGAGUUUCUCCUCCGGCGGAAGGUUUCCGCAGCAGCAGCAGCAGCAGCAGCAGCAACAGCAGCGCCGGAAACAACCCGCUUCCGCUUCCCCGCGGGCCGGCUUGCGCUCCGCUCCGCCAGCCGAGCCCUUUGCGCCGGCGUGCGCAGAUGUCAUUUCCCCCGCCUCCGCUGCGUCCGCGGUGGCAAAGGCGUACCGGGAAGCGCGCGUCAUUGCCGGCGCGGCGUCGCUCGCGUUAGUGGCGGCUGCGGCGGCGUCGGGAGCGGCGGGGCCGGCGGAUGGAGACGCAGCGAAACCGGCGGCGGAGGUCAGUGCCUCAGAAGCAGCCAUCCCGCAGCAGCAGCAGCAGCAGCACGAGUCGUCUGGCAGUUGGUGGGACCGAUGGAAGGCGCGGUCGGCAGGACUGAAGGAGAAGGUGGCGAAGCUGGGGCUGGCAGCGGUGCUGGCGUACGGGCUGUUUGAUGGCAUCACCUACACCACCUUCUUUGUGCUUGCCUUCCUUGGCUACGAGAAGAGCACCGGUCUCAACCCCGCUGCCAACCUCAAAGCGCUUCUUGGGAUCGUGGUUCUGAUGUGGACGGGGAAUAACGUGACGCGGCCUUUUCGAGUGGCAGGGGCUGCAGCCGUGGCUCCAUUUCUUGACAAGGCGUUGAAGAAGUUCCAGGAAAAGCUCAAUCUCCCCAACCAGUUCCUGGCUUUUGCUCUUGUUGCGGGGACCUUUGGAGCUAUCUGCCUUUCUGUGGUUGGGCUUCUCAUCCUGUCACGCAUAGGAGGUAUUGAACCCGGGGCUCUGCUGGGCGGGGUGUGUGACUCGUCACAGCCUCCUGUCAUCCCCCCUGGUGCUGCCACGAUGCCCUCCGUGUGGUGGACGACUAGCCUGCGCAACAACACCAAAGUCAUGCUCUUCUCCCAGGGAGCCAAGCGCUGGAUAGCACCGCCCACUGCCACCUCGCCCUCCUCCCCCCCUCCCUCCCGCCCCUCCUCCUCCCCCGUUCUUGACUGGUCCAAGCCAUGGGCAGCAAGCCUCACUGCCUCCCUGCCUCUCAACCAGUCUCUCACCAUCGUCUUCACCUCCUCCUCUUCCUCCUCCUCCGCCUCCGCCUCCCCUUCCUCUGCCUCUCCCGCCUUUGCACUGCAAGCGCCAUCCGGUCGCUUCCUUGCACCGUCCUCACCCACGCCACAGGCCACGUUCGCUGCCACUGCUGCUUCCAUUGUGGACGCAGCUGCCUUUGUUGCUGAGCCUGCACCCGGCGACCCCUCCUCCCUCCUCAUCCGCCUCGCAUCCCCUCCCGCCGCCUACCUCACCGUCUCCGCCCCUCCCGCGUCCCUCCUCGCGCUGCACCCCCCGGGCUCCCUCCCUGCGCGCCCGGCAUACUUCCGCGUGCGCGAGGGCAUGGAGGUGGCAGCAGCGCGCGGCGUGAACCUGGGGGGGUGGGUGGUGGCGGAGGAGUGGAUGGAGCCAGGGCUGUUUGAAGGGGUGCCGGACGUGGUGGAUGGGGUGCUCGUGCAGCUGCAGGCCAAGCAGUCGGGGAAAUACGUUUCCCUGUGGGACGCUGCAACUGGGGAGAUAAGAGCAUCAGCCACCUCGCCAUCCUCCUCCGAGACAUUCUUCCUUCGCCUCGCACCCGGUCCCGCCUCCUCCCCGCCCCUCUCCCUCUCUUCGCCCUCCUCCUCGCCCGCCAACAACCGCCUACGAGGGGAGUGGCAGCUCUCCCAAGGCCUUAGAGCCACCCAAGGGGAUGCGGAGGCGGAAAAGAGAGUGAAAGAGCACAGGGCAGGGUUUGUGAGAGAGGAGGAUGUGGCGUAUCUGUCGCACCAGGGGGUGAAUACGGUGCGCGUGCCUGUGGGGUAUUGGACGGUGUAUGGGGAGGGAGAAGGGGAGAGCGGUGGCACGCCGUUUGUUGGAGGCGGGCUGGCGAUGCUGGAUCAACUGUUCGACUGGGCAGAGAAGCACGGAGUGAGGGUGCUCUUCUCGAUGCACGGGGCACACGGGUCGCAGAACGGGUACGAUCACAGCGGCAGCCAGGACGGCUUUGGGGAGUUUGGCCGAGCCGACUCUGCUUACCACGUCACCGCCACGCUCAACACCAUUCAGCUGCUGGUCAAACGCUAUGCCGCCCGUCCUGCCUUUCUGGGAAUGGGAGUGCUUAACGAGCCCACCAGCAACUGGGUGAACGCGCAGGCCCUCUCCUCCUUCUACCUCCGCGCUUACACUGCCGUGCGCGCUGCCUCGCCCUGCGCCUAUGUGGGCCUCUCCACUUACGCCGAUACUGACAGCCCGUUUCUGAAGGGGCUGAUGACGGGGGACGAGCACACGAACGUGCUGGUAGACCUGCAUGUGUACAGCGUGCAUGCGGAGAAGCUCCGGCAGAUGUCGCUGCAGCAGAACCUGCAGUUCCUCACAGUCAAUCGGUCAGCGGAGAUAAGGCAGUACCAGGAGGGCAAUCGGCUGGCUAUGGUGGGGGAGUGGUCACUCGCUCUACCAACCGAUAAUAACUCCGAUGACGAUGUGAAGAAAUUCGCCGACACGCAGAGGCGGGUGUUUGGGCAGGCCAAGGGCGGGUGGUACUUCUGGUCACUCAAGCUCAACCGCACCGACAACUACCCCAACUGGAGCUUCUGCUCCAGCGUUGCAGCGGGCUGGCUGAAAAACUCCUCCACCGGAACUGGUGUGUGGUGA